AUGGAAGGUGACGAAGAGUGGAUAAAGAAAGCGAUGGCUGAUGACACGAUGGUAGUGGAGCUAUUAGUGCGGCUUAACAAGUGCCAAUCCACGCCUCCGCCGCCGUUUCCGCCUCCUUCGCCGCUGAAGUGGAGCGUGCGUCAGCGCCGGUCAAAACCAGUGGCGGUUGAUAAUGUUAAGAAUCCGGCUCCGAGAGCCAGUCCUACGACACCACUGUCAUGGAGCGGUGCCACCUGUCUCAGCGGUGGCGCUAUCGACGGUUGCCCUGAAGAGUCCAGCAGAUCCCCUGCUCUUCCUAAACUCUCUAACUCCUCAAGAUCUAAGAUUAAUGGUACUAGUGAACAAAGCAAUAAGAAGAGGUCAAGAAAGAAGAAGACCUUGGCUGAACUUAAAGAUGAAGAGAACUUGCUGCGCAAGGAAAGAAGAGAGUUGAAAAUGGAAGUAGCAGCCUUACGCGUGAAUUUGGAGAAACAAAGGGCUACUAAUGAAAGCUUGAAGAGAAUGAAGAUUGAAUUGCAACUUGUACCUGAUAGAGGAACAUUCGUACCCGAGGAAACAACAUCUAGUCAAUUUCGGCAAGAGAUGGCAGUUUUUCAUCCUAACCCUCCGAUCAUGCACUCGAUUGUAUCAGGCAAUGAUGAUUCGCUGCAACGCUCUCCAUCAAAUGGCUGUCAGAAUACACCAGCUGCUUCUGAAUCUAAAUCUGCGCUUCCUGAUCUAAAUAUUCCCUGCGAGGAGGAAUCCAGCUAUUAG